UUGCUAGCUGUCGCGGCGCGACGCAUUGCCUUUCCCGCAUACCUGUUACUAGUAGUGUCCACAUUUAUUAACAGGACACAUCUGGACCAAAUGAUAAGAAAUUGAAGUGACCAAGCUGAAAAAGGAAGAAAUCUCGUCAAAAUGCAGUCCAUGAAAGCAGAUGAAUUACCGGAAAAUCCCCGGGAAACCUCCAAUCCCCUGUCAUCGGCAAUGUUUUGCUUUGCCAUGCCAACAUUCUUCAAGGGCCGCAAGAAAACUUUAGAUGAAAACGAUUUAUAUAGAGCCCUUAAAGAACAUCGAUCGGACUAUCUUGGCGCUAAGCUGAGUGCCGCCUGGGAGAAGGAGGUUGAGAAAAAGAGCAAAAAGAAAAAGACUCCAAGCCUAUUGAAAGCCUCUAUGGAUGUCUUUGGUUGGCGCUUAGCUGGUUUAGGACUUGUUUUGUUUAUAUUGGAAAUUGGUUUCCGAGUCACCCAACCAAUUUUUUUGGGACGUCUGGUUGCCUACUAUGCUGACUCAAGCAAUCAGGAUGGUGAAAAUCAGACCAAGGCCUAUCUCUAUGCCAUGGGCGUGAUCUUAUGCAGUGCCUUCAAUGUCUUGGGCAUGCAUCCCUACAUGCUGGGCAUGUUUCAUGUGGGCAUGAAGGCCCGCAUUGCCAUGACGAGUCUGAUUUAUCGCAAAGCACUGCGCUUGAGUCGAACUGCAUUGGGUGAUACGACAAUCGGCCAGGUGGUUAAUCUUAUAUCAAACGAUGUGGGACGUCUGGAUGUAUCUGUGCUGCACAUGAAUUAUUUAUGGCUGGGACCUGUCGAGAUUGCAAUUAUCACAUAUCUUAUGUACAGAGAGAUUGGUUACUCUGCUUUCUUUGGCGUUGCUGUGAUGUUGCUGUUUAUACCACUUCAGGCUUAUUUGGGCAAAAAGACAUCUGUUUUACGGCUACGCACUGCAUUACGUACGGAUGAACGUGUACGCAUGAUGAAUGAAAUUAUAUCGGGCAUACAGGUUAUUAAGAUGUAUGCCUGGGAAAUACCCUUCAGUAAGAUGGUCAACUAUGUGCGGCUAAAGGAGAUGAAUGCCAUACGAAAUGUGAACUAUAUCCGUGGCACACUCCAAAGUUUCAUUAUGUUUGUGACCCGUAUAUCGGUGUUUGUCAGUUUGGUUGGAUUUGUUUUGCUUGGCAAACUGUUGACGGCAGAGAAAGCGUUUGUGAUAACCGCCUAUUACAAUAUCCUAAGGAACACCAUGACUGUCUACUUCCCCAUGGGCAUAUCACAGUUUGCCGAACUUUUGGUUUCCAUCAAACGUAUACAAACCUUUAUGCUGCACGAAGAAACUAAGGUUCGAGACAAAUCCGACGAUGCUGAUGAACAGAAGCUGGUUAAGGUAUCUGCUCUAGUGCAAGAGCAAGCAGCCCAAAUCUCUGGUGUUAUCAAACCAAACAGCCGUCGGGCCAGUGAGGCUGAACAUGGCAUAUUCAUCAAUAAACUGAAGGCCAAAUGGGAUCAAAAGAGUUCGGAAAAUAAUCUUGAUAAUAUAACACUAAAAUUCAAACCCCGACAAUUGGUCGCCGUCAUUGGUCCCGUGGGUUCGGGUAAAUCCAGUUUGAUACAAGCUGUUCUGGGUGAAUUGCCAGCAGAUUCUGGUUCGGUCAAAGUUAAUGGCACCUUAUCGUACGCCUCUCAGGAGCCUUGGCUCUUUACUGGAACUGUGCGUCAAAAUAUCUUAUUCGGUUUGCCCAUGGAUAAGCAUCGGUAUCGCACUGUUAUCAAGAAAUGUGCGUUGGAAAGAGAUUUUGAGCUGCUGCCAUAUGGAGAUAAGACCAUUGUUGGUGAGAGAGGAGCAUCCCUGUCGGGAGGACAAAAGGCUCGUAUUAGUUUGGCACGUUCAGUGUAUCGAAAGGCUGAUAUAUAUUUGCUUGACGAUCCUCUCAGUGCUGUGGACACCCAUGUGGGACGACAUCUCUUUGAUCAAUGCAUGCGAGGAUUCUUACGCGAGGAGAUUGUACUAUUGGUCACGCAUCAGCUGCAAUUCUUGGAACAAGCCGAUUUGAUUGUUAUUAUGGACAAGGGCAAGAUUAGUGCACAGGGUACAUAUGAGUCUAUGUGCAAGAGCGGCUUAGAUUUUGCUCAAAUGUUGACCGAUCCAAGCAAGAAGGAUGAAGGUGCUGGCGAUGCAGCCGAGAAAUCGAAUUUGUCACGCCAAAAUAGCAAACUGCGUGAACGCCAAGGUAGCAUAUCAUCAAUGGAAUCGGCAGCCGAAUCUGUUGUCGUCGACUCACCGAUGCAAACCCAAGAGGGACGUGUCGAGGGCAAAAUUGGCAUGCAAUUGUAUAAAAAGUAUUUUGGUGCCAAUGGCUAUGGCUUGUUUAUUGUAUUUGCCUUCUUCCUGAUUGGUGCCCAGAUCAUGGCCUCCGGUGGUGAUAUGUUCUUGUCCUACUGGGUCAACAAAAAUGAAAAUGCCGAGACGAAUACCUUUAUGACACGCUUGCGUCACUUUUUCCCGGAAACUCGCAUCAAUGCUGAUACAGAUCCAAAGGAUAUAUACUAUUUUACUGGCAUUAAUGUCUCGGUUAUUAUAUUCUCAUUGGUUCGGAGCAUGCUCUUCUUCUAUUUGGCCAUGCGAAGCUCAACAACAUUGCAUAAUACCAUGUUCAAGGGUGUUACCCGUGCGGCAAUGCAUUUCUUUAAUACGAACCCAUCGGGUCGCAUUUUGAAUAGAUUCUCCAAAGAUCUGGGUCAAGUGGAUGAAAUAUUGCCGUCGGUGAUGAUGGAUGUAUUCCAGAUAUUCCUUGCCAUUUUGGGCAUUGUUGUGGUCCUGUGCAUUAUCAAUCCUUGGUAUAUAUUAUUCACGGCCAUUCUGGUGGUUGUCUUCUAUGUACUGCGUGGUUUCUAUUUAAAUACAUCAAGAGAUGUCAAACGUCUGGAGGCUGUUACACGUUCCCCAAUCUAUUCCCAUUUGAGUGCUUCGCUCAAUGGUUUGGCCACGAUUCGGGCUUUUGGAGCACAAAAGGAAUUGAUUGCCGAGUUUGAUAAUUAUCAAGAUUUGCAUAGUUCUGGCUAUUAUAUGUUCUUGGCGACUUCCCGUGCCUUUGGCUACUGGUUGGAUUGCUGUUGUGUCAUCUAUAUUGCCAUGAUCACAUUGAGUUUCUUCUUGUUUUCGCCCGAAAAUGGUGGCGAUGUUGGUUUGGCCAUUACCCAGGCCAUGGGCAUGACCGGCAUGGUGCAAUGGGGCAUGAGACAAUCGGCUGAAUUGGAGAAUACAAUGACAUCUGUGGAACGUGUUGUCGAAUACGAGGAUCUGGAGCCAGAAGGUGAAUUUGAGUCGAAGCCAAACAAGAAACCAACAAAAGAUUGGCCCGAAGAGGGACGGAUUGUGUUUGAUGAUUUGUCAUUGAAAUAUUUCCCCGACAAGGCUGCAGAUUAUGUUUUGCGCCAUCUGAACAUUGCCAUCCAAGGAUGUGAGAAAAUUGGAAUUGUUGGACGAACGGGAGCGGGCAAAUCGUCAUUGAUUAAUGCUCUAUUCCGUUUAUCCUACAAUGAGGGAUCGAUUGUUAUCGAUGCCAGAAAUACCAGUGAAUUGGGUCUGCACGACUUGCGCAGCAAAAUUUCCAUCAUACCCCAAGAGCCUGUUCUCUUCUCGGGCACAAUGCGUUAUAAUCUCGAUCCAUUUGACGAGUAUAGCGAUGCCAAAUUGUGGGAAUCCCUGGAAGAGGUCAAGCUCAAGGAGGUGGUGGCUGAGCUGCCCAGUGGUCUGCAGAGUAAAAUAUCCGAAGGUGGCACCAACUUCAGUGUGGGUCAACGGCAACUGGUAUGUCUGGCUCGUGCCAUUUUGCGUGAGAAUCGCAUUUUGGUGAUGGACGAGGCCACUGCUAAUGUGGAUCCUCAAACAGAUGCUUUGAUUCAAACGACAAUUAGGAACAAAUUUAAAGAUUGCACUGUCCUAACGAUAGCCCAUCGCUUGCAUACGGUCAUGGAUUCGGAUAAGGUUUUGGUUAUGGACGCUGGACAGGCAGUGGAAUUUGGUUCACCCUUUGAAUUGCUCACCGUGAGUGAAAAGAAGGUAUUCCAUAGCAUGGUAAAGCAGACUGGAGAUGCGACAUUCGAUGCUUUGCUGAAGGUGGCACAAAAGGCCCAUGAUGAUAAUCUGCGCUUGAAGAAGGAUUCUUGACAUUUCGCCGUUCCCAAGGCUUUUAAAGACUAUAUACUUAAAAUACUGGAACCAAUUACGAAUCAUCCGGCGGCCAAUGCUCGUAUACAAAAGACCUUCCUCUUUGCGGAGGCCUCCAAGCAAAAACUCUUAGGAGGUGGAUAGCACAGGCGAAAAUCACAAUUAUAAAUUUACAAUACAAAAACCAAUAAGAGAACAACAAAUGAAUUUUUUUAAAACCCAUGUACAAAAUCAAAUUUAUAUAUAUAUAUAUAUCUAUAGAUAAUUGUUAGAUCGAGUAACUAGCGAACGAGGACAAUAACUGGUUUUUGAUACCUAAAAAAAAGAAACAGAAAGAAAUAACUUGUGCAAUAAUUUUAUUUAUAGCUAUAAAAUAUUGUGCAUUGACCUUUAAAAGGUCGCAUUUUGCAUUUGUAUUGUGUUCCAGCAA